AUGAAAGAUAUAGAUCUUGACAAAUUAGUGAAAGCCAUCGAAAAGGGUAAAAAAGUUACGUUUUUCAAUGGUGCAGGUAUAUCAACCUCAGCUGGUAUACCAGAUUUUAGAUCUCCUGACACUGGAUUAUACUCAAAUUUAGCAAAAUUAAAUUUACCAUAUGCUGAAGCGGUAUUUGAUAUAGAUUAUUUUAAAGAAGACCCUAAACCAUUUUAUACAUUGGCUACAGAGCUUAUGCCUGGUCAAUUUCCACCAACGAAAUUUCAUUAUUUAAUUAAAUUAUUUCAAGAUAAAAAUAAGUUAAACAGAGUUUAUACCCAAAAUAUAGAUACAUUAGAGAGACUUGCUGGAGUUGAAGAUGAAAAUAUAGUUGAAGCUCAUGGAUCGUUUGCAUCCAACCAUUGCAUUGAGUGCAAAGAAGAGAUGUCUUCUAAUACUUUCAAAGACUUAAUGGAAAAAGGAAUUCCAAAUUGUGAAUCAUGCAAAGGAUAUGUCAAACCAGACAUUGUAUUCUUUGGAGAAGGCUUACCUAAGAAGUUUUUCAGUCUGUGGGAUGAUGAUUGUGAUAAUGUUGAAAUAGCUAUAAUUGCAGGAACUUCAUUAACUGUCUAUCCUUUUGCAUCUUUACCAUCAGAAGUUGACAAAAAAUGUAUUAGAGUAUUAGCAAAUAAGGAGAAAGUCGGAGACUUGGGAAGUAGAAAAGAUGAUAUAUUAGCUCUUGGAGGAUGUGAUGAAUUUGCCGAAAAAAUUGCUAGAUCGUUAGGUUGGGAAAAAGAAUUAGAUAAACUAUACGAUGAAGGUCAAAAUAAAUAUACCACCAAAAAAGAAUCAGAGCAAGAGAAAAUUGAAGAUAUAAAAUUUGAGUUAAAGAAAGUUGAUAUUAAAGAAUCAAAAUUUAAAAAUGAAGACAAAGAUGAAGUUGAUAUAGAUGUUUCAAAUUUAAUUGAAAAAUUAAAAAUAUAG